AUGGCGUCUUUCAAAAGGAAAUUAUAUCAGCGUUUGCUGUUUUUCACAGUACUUCUUCCAAUUUCAGGUGUGCUGUGUUUUAGCGAGCUGUUUUUCAUCAAGGAGCCCCAUGACGUGACCGUAAUGCGGAAGGACCCUGUUAUUUUGGACUGUCAAGCGCACGGGGAAGCGCCCAUCGCCGUCAGGUGGCUGAAGAACGGGGUUAUGCUCUCGGAGAGCGAGAGGGUCUACCUCCUCUCCAACGGAUCCCUGUAUAUCUCUGAGGUGGAGAGCAGGAAAGGAGACAAAUCGGACGAAGGCUUUUACCAGUGUCUCGCUCAGAACAAGUACGGGGCCAUCUUGAGCCAGAAAGCGCGUCUGACUAUCGCAAGUAUUUCCCCCUUUGUGAUCCAGCCCACAUCAGUGGUGGUGACGGAAGGAUCUGUGGCGAGGUUCACCUGUAGGAUCACUGCCAGUCCUCCCCCCAUCAUCACCUGGGAGUUCAACCGAGUUACCUUGCCUCUGGCCACUGAAAGGAUCACGGUGCUGCCCAAUGGAGUGCUGCAGAUCCAUGCGGUGGAGCAGGGAGAUGCCGGGAAUUACCGCUGCGUGGCCACCAACAUCGCCAACCGCCGGCGGAGUACAGAGGCCACACUUACUGUCAACCCAGCCCCGGGGCCCAGGCCUCUGCAGAGACCGCGCAUCAUCGCCGGGCCACAGAACAUCACCGCCUCCCUGCACCAAAGUGCCAUCCUGGAGUGCGUCGCCACCGGCAACCCCAAGCCCCUCAUCUCCUGGAGCCGGGCUGACCAGAAGUCCAUCGAUGUCUUCAACACGCGGGUGCUGGGCAACGGGAACCUGAUGAUCUCGGACGUGAAGCUGCAGCACGCGGGGGUGUACGUGUGCAGGGCCACCACGCCCGGCACACGCAACUUCACCGUCGCCACCGCAAACCUCACCGUGCUAGCUCCGCCGUCCCUGGUGGAGUGGCCCGAGAGCCUGACGCGUCCUCGGGCGGGGACAGCACGCUUCGUCUGUCAGGCCGAGGGCGUCCCCCUGCCUCACAUCACAUGGCUGAAGAACGGGGAGAAGGUGCACUCCAAUGGCCGCAUCAAGAUGUACAGCAGCAAACUGGUGAUCAACCAGAUCAUCCCGGAGGACGAUGCCAUCUACCAGUGCCUGGCGGAGAACGAGCAGGGCUCGGUGCUGUCCAUGGCGCGGCUGAUCGUGGUGAUGUCCGAGGACCGGCCAAGCGCGCCGAGAAACAUCCGUGCGGAGACCGUGUCCAGCUGUGCCAUCCUGCUGGCCUGGGAGCGGCCGCUGUACAACUCUGAGAAAGUCAUCGCCUACUCUGUGCACUACAUGAAGGCCGAAGGUUUGAACAACGAGGAAUACCAAGUUGUCAUCGGCAACGACACAACACGCUAUAUCAUCGAUGACCUGGAGCCAGCCCGCAACUAUACUUUUUACAUUGUGGCCUACAUGCCCAUGGGCGCCAGCCGCAUGUCUGACCACGUCAUCCAGCACACCUUGGAGGAUGUGCCCCUGCGGGCGCCGGAGCUCAGCCUGACCAGCCGGAGCCCCACUGACAUCCACGUGUCCUGGCAGCCCCUGCCGCCCAAGCUGAGCCGAGGGGCUGUCUCGGCCUACCGGCUGUCCUACCGCACCAGCACCGACAGCACUGUCACCUCGCUGGAGCUGCCCGGCGACUGUGUCCAGCACCUCCUGGACAACCUGCAGCCGGACACAAUCUACCUCCUGCGCAUCGCCGUGGCGACCAGCGUGGGCUGGGGCGAGCAGUCGGCCUGGACCUCGCACCGCACGCCUAAAGCCUCCAGCACCAAAGUGCCCCUGGCCCCAGAGUUGCAGUUGGAAGCACUGAACUGCACCACCAUCCUGGUACGCUGGCAGCCCCCGCCGGGCAGCGCUGCCAGCAUCCAGGGCUUCCGCCUCUUCUACCGCGAGGAGAGCCAGCCCGAGGGGACCCCCAUCCAGCUGCGCCCCCAAGACUCGCAGCACACCAUUGGAGGCCUGGACCCAAGAAGGAAGUAUCAUGUGAAGCUGCUGGCAUACAGUUUCAUGGGAGAGGGCUACCAGGCAGACCAGACUGUCAGCACUCCAGGAUGUGUCUCUGUCCGUGAUCGUCUGGUGCCCCCUCCUCCACCCCCACAUCACCUGUACGCCAAGUCCAAUGGCUCGUCUUCUGUGUACCUGCACUGGGGCCGCCCUGCCUUCACCUCCGGACAGACUGUCAACUACACCAUCCGCUGCAACCCCGUGGGCCUGCAGAACGCCUCCCUGGUGCUCUACCUGCAGACAGCCGAGCAGAGCAUGCUGGUCCAGGACCUGGAGCCGAACACUAGGUACGAGUUUGCGGUGCGGCUCCACGUCGACCAGCUCUCCAGCCCGUGGAGUCCCGUGGUUUAUCAGAGCACCCUCCCUGAAGCACCCACUCUGCCACCAUCAGGGGUGAAGGUGACUCUGAUUGAAGAUGACACGGCACUGGUGUCUUGGAAGCAGCCGGAGGAGCCCAACGUGGCGGUAACACGCUACACUAUCCUGUACGCGUCCCGGAAGGCCUGGAUCGCCGGAGAGUGGCAGGUGCUUCAGCGGGAAGGGAGCAUCACCAUGGCCCUCCUGGAGAACCUGCAGCCUGGCAACGUCUACCUGGUGAAGAUCUCAGCGUCAAACGACGUGGGAGACGGGCCCUUCUCCAAUGCUGUGGAACUGGCAGUGCUGCCGGAGGGGUCCCCGUCGGGCCAGAACCCAUGGCGGUCGGGGGGUUCUACAGAAGCCAAAGUGUUCUCCGAUGGCUUCUACCACCUGGACGAGAAGUCGAUGACGGGCAUCAUUGUGGGAGUGAGCAUCGCACUAACCUGCAUCAUUAUCUGUGUCCUGAUCCUCGUCUACAGAGGCAAAGCCAGGAAAUCCUCAGCUACGAAGCUCAGGGAAGGGAGUGGCCAGGCCCCCCCUGCCAGCAGCUCUCUGGCCGUUGGAAACCAGGCGGAGAAUGUCGAGGCUCUGGUGCCCAUGAUGGCAGGAAACCACUUCAUCGACACAAAGGGUGGGACGAAUCUGAUUAUCAAUAGUUCCGGCCCAGUUAAUACUAGAACCCAGAAGAAGAGCAAGUGGCGGUUCUUCAAUAAGAAGGAGACUCAGAACCCUAGGAAAGAACAGGCUCAGAGGACAGGCCAUGGCAUGUGCUCCUACCAGCCGGGGCUGACGGUUCUGAGGUACGAGGAUGAGUCGCCCUCCUCCCUGUGCCAGCCGGCCUCCCUGGAGGUGCUGCUGGGCCCCAGGGGGGACAGCGAGGGCUCGCAGAACAGCGAGGGCAGCCACGAGACGGGCGACUCGGGCCGCUACUCGCACGACGAGACCGAGAUGACCAACCUGUCCUCCGGCCGCAACACGCGGCCGCCGUCCCUCCGGGCGGAGGACAGCGGGGGGUCGGAGGACGGCCCGGGCCCUGAGGGCGAGCGGCCGCACCUCGUCGUGGAGACCCGAGACAUUGCGGAGACGCUGUGCGGUCGCCUCUCCCAGACCCCAGAGCCUUCUCAGGCAGCACUUCCUCUCUAG